GUUGGGCCCGGAAAACUUCAUUUCAGCUUCACUGGUAUUUUAAAUGAUAAAAUGCGAGGAUUUUAUCGCAGUAAAUAUACCCAUCCCAAUGGAGAGACAAGGCAUGGGGCAGUCACACAGUUUGAGGCAACAGAUGCCAGGCGUGCUUUUCCAUGUUGGGAUGAGCCAGCAGUGAAGGCUACAUUUGAUGUCACUCUGGUCGUCCCCAAGGACAGGGUGGCUCUCUCAAAUAUGCCAGUCGAAUCUGAGACUGCUUUGGAAUCCGAUUCCAACCUGAAGGUUCUAAAGUAUGGCCGCACACCUGUGAUGUCUACCUACCUGCUGGCGUUUGUUGUGGGAGAGUUUGACUAUGUGGAGGCCAAGGAUGCUGACAAUGUCUUGGUUCGGGUGUACACUCCUCUGGGAAAGAAGGAACAGGGACAGUUUGCCUUGGAGGUUUCCUGCAAAACUCUUCCUUUCUACAAGAAUUAUUUCAAGCUUGGAUAUCCACUGCCCAAAAUUGACCUGAUUGCCAUACCUGACUUUGCCUUAGGGGCCAUGGAAAACUGGGGCCUUGUCACCUACCGAGAAACGGCACUUCUUGUAGACCCCGAGAACUCCUCGUCCUCGGCCAAACAGUGGGUAGCGCUGGUCGUAGGACAUGAGCUGGCACAUCAGUGGUUUGGAAACUUAGUUACUAUGGAAUGGUGGACGCACCUGUGGCUGAAUGAGGGAUUUGCAUCAUUCAUUGAGUAUCUGUGUGUCGACCACUGUUUCCCAGAGUACGACAUCUGGAACCAGUUUGCCUCCACGGAUUUCACCAGGGCUCUGGAGCUGGAUGCUCUCAAGAACAGCCAUGCAAUUGAGGUGCCUGUCGGCCAUCCCAGUGAGAUAGAUGAAAUAUUUGAUGCCAUAUCAUACAGCAAGGGAGCCAGUGUCAUACGCAUGCUGCACGAUUAUAUUGGCGAUGAGAGUUUCAAGAAAGGUCUUAGUGACUAUCUUACCAAAUUUUCUCACAAGAACACAUUCACUGAGGACUUGUGGGCCUCGCUGGAGCAAGCUAGUGGAAAACCUGUGGCAGCCAUCAUGAACACCUGGACUAAACAAAUGGGAUUCCCUGUACUUAAAGUAUCAGACAAACAGGAAGGCAGCAACCGGGUUCUGACCAUUACACAGGAGAAGUUCUGUGCUGAUGGAAAAGGCGAUGCCAAUGAUUCAUCACUGUGGAAAGUCCCAGUGAAGAUUUGUACUGCCAGUAGCCCUAGCAUUCCUGUCAAAAUUUUGUUACUAGAGGAAAAAUCUGCCACUGUGGUCCUUGAGAAUGUGAAGCCUGAAGACUGGGUUAAGGUGAACCCUGGAUCUGUGGCAUUCUACCGUACCCAGUAUUCCACCACUAUGUUGGAGGCACUACUCCCUGGGAUCAGGAGUCAUGCACUUUCACCCAGAGACAGACUCGGAUUGCAGAAUGAUCUCUUUGCACUGGCCAUGGCUGGGACCAUCUCCGCUGUGGAUGUCUUCAAAGUCCUGCCAGCAUUUGAAACAGAAGACAACUACACAGUGUGGUCCGACCUGGCCACCAACCUGGCCAACAUGGCCGUUCCUUUGCAGUACACGGAUUUCUUUGACUCCUUCAAAGCAUUUGGAUGCAAGCUGUUUGAUAAGAUUGCACAGAAACUUGGUUGGGAUCCAAAACCAAAAGAGAGUCACUUAGAUGCCAUGUUGCGUGGUCUGGUAUUGGGCAGAUUGGGUACUUAUGGUCAUGAGGCAACAGUGGCAGAGGCGAGGAAAAGAUUUCAGGCACAUGCAGAGGGCAGCACUAUACUUCCUGCUGACCUAAGAGGACCAACUUAUACUGUGGUGUUAAAGCAUGGAGAUGAUGAAGUAUUUGAACAAUUACUCAAGCCUAAGGUAUCUCAGGUAAACCUUGAAAGCAGCACUAGAGCGCCUGUCCUUGUAGUAAAAAGCGUGCAGUUGGCAAGGUCUCCUCUCACACCUGGGGUGUUAAUGGUGGAGUGGGAAACGCUUGCAGCACCAGAAUCACGCAACACGCAGGGAUAA